CUAGGGUUUGUUUUUCCUCGUCGCCGUUGCUGCUUCGGCUUCGUGUGAAGCAGAGUUUUAAAAGAGUUGCUCAAGGAAGCUUCUUUAGACGGAGCUCACCGCGACGGCGACGUUGUUCCUGUUGGAAGCCACGACGGGGGCUCACCGCGAAGCUGCGUACAAAAUCAAGGUGCCUGUGUAAGAGCAUCUCUCGCCAUGGAGAAGCGGCUAACAUUGGUUCAAACAAUGGCAGCAGCGGGACUUUUCUCCGCUGUCUCCUUCUGGUACGGCUUCAUGUUUGGGAGGGAAUCUGCCCGCAAAGAUCUCCAAGAACUCAUCGAUGAUCUCCGCCGCGGCAACGCCAUGCCCGAUGCUUCCACAUCCAAUGAAGGUUCUUGAGAAAUUCUCAUUGAGGGCUCAAAAUAUUUAAAUACCUCAAGUUGGAUGUUUGUGAACUCCUUAAUUAGUGGAGAUCAUAUGCCUGACUCUUCCAACUCUGCUAUAUGGGAAAAAUUAUUUUAUGCGGAAGCGGAACCCUGUCCGGAUGCUUAAACCCGCAGCUCGGUACCGCAUUGUUGAGCUUCGGUGCUGCUCGGUACCGCGGCUCAGUAUGACUGACAUGGUUCAUUCUUAUUUGUAUCUAGAUGUAGUGCUGUGUUCAGUGUCCGUACAGAAUAAUCUCUUGCUAUAUGGACCUUUACAAACUCCCAACAUGAACUAGAGCACCCUUAAAUUAGCUUUCAUGUCUUAUAUGAUCAACCAACACUCCAUACAUUUUGUCUCUUGGGAUUUCUCAAUUUGCAACGACUUUCAAUCCUCAUUGAUAGCGGCUCUACAUACAACAUUAUCCAACAGCAUGUCGUCAAAUUCUUACAACUCCCAGUUGCAUCUACUGCACCAUUCAAUAUUGUCAUUGCUAACGGUGCUCAACGCAUUUGUCAUAGUAUGUGCCUCAAUACAACUCUCAUCGUCCAACAAACAUAGUUCCAAGUUGGUUUUUUUAUUCUACCAAUACAUGGAGCAAACAUCGUGCUCUAUUUUCAAUGGCUACAAACUUUAAGUGAUAUUGUGAUCAAUUUCAACUCCUUCAUAAUGACAUUUAUGUGGAAUGAUCAACCAUGCAUCUUACUAGGUGUGACAUCUUGAAUGUUGUCAUCAAUGGAGGUUAUACUUUAUAUUGUUAUACUAUAUGUUACACUAUAUG